AUGUCUGACAGACGACGCGCAGAGAUCGCAGAGAAGCGCAAAAAGCUCGAGGAGCUGCGUAAAAUACGUGCAGAACGCCAAAGAGCUACCGCCGAUGUACGUCAUGCUACAAUUCAGAGCAAUACGUACGCCGGUCCUUCGACAUACCGCCGCAACGACGUCGAUGACUUCGUAACAUCCGUAUUGGGCACUUCGCUUUCACGAGGUACCGAUAGCGCCGGAGAUUCAACGCCAAUCUCGACGCCUGGUACUCCCGCUAUUGCUAGGCCCCUUUCUCCCUCUAAUCUGCGUGAAAGGACACCGCCUGGCGCGUCUGGACGUGCGAGCAGACAAAGCGAUGUAUUCAGUGAUCGAUUGAGCAUGGGCACAACACUCGUCUCAACUACGGGUCCUGCAAUGUCAGUCUCAGGAACGGAGAACGUUAUUGAGAGGACCAUGACUCCAAGAUUAGUAGUUGACUUGGUAGAUGUCGAACAGGAUCUUUUUGAUGUACCUCGAAAGGAACGUGUAACGUACGACAAAGAUGUUCAAACCACUGAAAUAACCAGCGAAGAGACUGGGCCAAAUGAGGAAGAGAUACGACAACGCAUCUUACGAGAAAAAGAGGUCGAGGCUGAAAAACUUGCAAAGGAGCGGGAACUUGAAGAAGAGAAUGAAAAGCUCGAGAAAGAAAUCGAGCAAGAAAUCCGAGAACUUACCGAGGAGGAGCGUGCAAGCAUCUUCAUUGCUCCCGAAUUCUUGGAUUUCGUGGACAAAUCAUCAAAGAUUCUGCAGCGCGCAUUAAAUGAUGGUUAUGAUUACAUUCGUGAUUACACUGUUGGUGCUGAAGCAGGGGGAGACGAGUCAGAGGGUAAACGUGUCAAGCGUGUAUGCACAUUCUAUGACGAGAGGUACGGGAAGAACAGGUCGAUUACUGACCUGGACUGGUCACCGAAGUACCCAGAACUAAGUGUAGCAUCAUAUAACAAGAACCCUGCUGCUCUAAAUGAGCCAGACGGUCUAGUCGCAAUAUGGAACUUGCAUCUUCUCGAGAGGCCCGAGUUCAUAUUCCACUCGCAAUCAGAUGUACUGUCUGUUGCGUUUUCGCCAUUCAACGCGAAUCUCGUCUUUGGCGGAACUUAUUCGGGCCAGAUUCUUCUAUGGGACACACGGAGCAAACACUUACCCGUAUUGAAAACGCCUCUCAGUGCUGCAGGUCACACCCAUCCCGUUUAUGCGAUGCAGAUUGUAGGCACACAGAAUGCACAUAACCUUAUUACAAGCAGUACAGAUGGUUUGGUUUGUAGCUGGCUUGUAGAUAUGCUAGCUCAGCCACAGGAAACUCUCGAGUUACAACAUGCUGGACACAACAAGACCUCGGAAGUCGCAAUUACUUGCCUUGACUUCCCAGACAACGAAACCACGACGUUUUUCACCGGCACUGAAGAAGGGAACGUGUACCAAGCCAAUCGCUAUGACAGGGCAGGGUCGAAAGCAGGCUUGAACCAGUACGACGUAUAUAGAGGCCACUCCGGUCCUGUCAUGGGGUUGCAUUUCCACCCAUUACAUGGACCGGUUGAUUUUAGCGAUCUAUUCCUAACAGCAAGUGCGGAUUGGACAGUCAAACUUUGGCGUGCGAGAAGUAUCGCGAAGCCGAGCGCGCAACCACAUACACUCGGGCCACUGUACAGCUUUGAUGAGGCAGAUGACUAUGUGUACGACGUGAAGUGGCAUCCCCAGCACCCGGCCUUAUUUGGAGCAGUCGACGGAAGCGGGCGAUUUGACUUAUGGAACCUUAAUAUGGACACAGAGGUGCCUGUCGUGACCACACCUGUAGGCACGAAUCGUGCGAUUAACAAAUUGAAGUGGGACUGCAAGGAUGGCCGGCGAGCGGCAUUGGGAGGGAGCGACGGGAAAAUGUAUAUUUACGACAUCGGCGACAUGGCUAUCCCACGGGAGACGGAGUGGACGGACUUGCAGCGUACCCUUGCUGCAAUGCAGAGUGGGCAUGCCGGCGGAGCUGGAGGACCUGGGGUUGUAGACGGCAUUGUCGCUGGCCGAUAAGCAGCCGUCAGUACACAAGCUUCAUACACAGAUACCAGUUUGUUACAUUGUAGUGUAAUGAUUAGUAUACCUAAUAUUGGC